AAUAGCCAUAUAUAUAUAUUUAUAACUCCAAAAAAUAUAUGAUGAUGAUGAUGAUCAAUUUGGUGUCAAAGUUGGUUGUGUUAACUUUGGUGCUUAGUACUUAUUAUUUGCAAUUUGUUGAGAGUGUUAAUUUAGGGUUUAGGGAUUGGAAAUUAUGGUCUAGAGAUCAUCUUCAUCAUGAGAAAUUAUUAGAGAAUAAUAUUAAUAAUAAUUAUGAAGACGAUCUUGUGACUAAGUUACCUGGACAACCUCAGAAUUAUGAUGAUGAUAAUAAUAAUAAUAAUGAGUAUAAUAAUUUUAGACACUAUGCUGGAUUUAUCACUGUCCACAAAAUUCAUGGGAGAGCUCUUUUUUAUUGGUUCUAUGAGGCUUCUUCUCUUCCUCACCAAAAACCUUUGGUACUUUGGCUCAAUGGAGGUCCUGGGUGCUCUUCUGUGGGGUAUGGAGCAACACAAGAGAUUGGUCCUUUCAUAGUGGACACUAAUGGCCAUUCCCUAAAAUUUAAUCCAGCUUCAUGGAAUAAAGAGGCCAACAUGUUAUUCUUGGAAUCUCCAAUUGGGGUAGGCUUUUCCUACUCAAAUACCACCACUGAUUAUGAAAAUCUUGGAGAUGAAUUCACUGCAAAUGAUGCCUAUACUUUCCUCCAUGAAUGGUUCCUAAAGUUCCCCUCUUACAAAAACCAUUCAUUUUACAUAGCUGGGGAGAGCUAUGCAGGAAAAUAUGUUCCUGAGCUGGCUGAGCUAAUCCAUGACAAAAAUAAUAAAGACCCUUCUCUUCAUAUUAAUCUCAAGGGUAUCCUGUUGGGUAAUCCUGAAACAAGUGAUGCUGAGGAUUGGAAAGGGCUUGUGGAUUAUGCAUGGAGCCAUGCAGUGAUAUCAGAUGAAACUCACAAAAUAAUAAAGGAAAAAUGUGAUUUCAAUAGCAAUAAGACUUGGGAUAAUGAAGAUUGUACCAAUGGUGUGGAUGAAGUACUCAAACAAUAUAAAGAGAUUGAUAUUUACAGCCUCUACACACCUCUUUGCAUUCCUCAUGAUCAUGAUCAUGACUCACCAUCAACUACUAAUAAUACUACUACUUCUCUCUAUCAAAUCAUGACCAUCAAAAGAUCCUCUACUAUGAUGCCUAGGAUUUUGGGUGGAUAUUAUGAUCCAUGCCUAGAUGAUUAUGCUAAAGCAUUUUACAACAGAUUAGAUGUUCAAAAAGCUCUUCAUGUCACUGAUGGUGUUCACCCUAGAAAUUGGACCAUUUGCAAUCACAAUAUAUUUAGCCAAUGGAUUGAUUCCAAGCCAUCUGUUCUUCCUAUAUACAAGAAGCUCAUUACAGCAGGCCUUAGAAUAUGGGUCUACAGUGGGGACACAGACGGAAGAGUUCCAGUACUGUCCACAAGAUAUAGCUUGAAUUCACUUGGACUUCCCAUUAUCAAGACAUGGAGACCAUGGUACUACCAAAAUCAGGUAAGUGGAUGGUAUCAAGAAUACGAAGGAAUUACAUUUGCAACAUUUAGAGGAGCUGGUCAUGCAGUGCCUUGCUUUAAACCAAACAACUCCUUAGCACUUUUCACAUCAUUUCUCAAAGGACAAUCUCUACCCUCCACUCGAUCAUGAUCAUGCAAAAUCAUCCAUAUUUAUAUAAUCAUCUUUAUGUUUUGUAACUUCAUAAUUAUUAAAUAAUAUUAAAAAACUUUAAAUUAUAAAUAAUCAUUAACCAUCGAAAAUAGGUCAAAUUCAACGGGCAUUUGACCAUCGAGAUAUAAAUCAAUCUCGAAAGUCUAGCCCGUUGAGUUUUUCUUAGUAGUAUAUAUAAUUAUGUACGUUAUAGUACUAUAUGUUAUAAAAUAAAGUACAAUUGGUAAUAAA